AGACCCUAAACAUGAGUGUCCUUGGUUCGAAACUCAGUCCGAUUACGAUCGUCUUGAUUUCAGUCCUUCUUUCAGGCCAAUUAUUUGUUGGGGUUACAGGACAAUGCGAUACUGGCUGCUCACCACCUGAUAUAGAAGGUGGUGGGACACCGAGUUUCUCUCCGGAUGAGGACUGCUACGAUACAGGGUCAAGUGUGAACGUCACCUGUAGUGGAUAUCUAUUUGGGAUAACGGAAGUUGGCGUGUGCAUAUCAGCUGGAUAUUGGGACGCACAGUUCCCACCAACAUGCGAGGAAUCAAGUUGUCCCGUGCCCACUGCUCCCCAGAACGGCUUAGUAAGCCCGGUAAAUCACAACUCCUUGUACGAUGAGAUUGUGUAUUCUUGCGACGAUGGUCUGUUCCUUGACGGACCAGGCAUGGCCGUUUGUAUAGGAACAGGUCAAUGGUCCCCAACUACGAUCCCAACAUGUUCUGGAAACUGUACGAUUCCCGUUAUAACCAAUGGAGAAGCAACAUCGUCUGAUGACGUACUUCAAGAGGGGAGUCAGAUGACAAUUUCGUGUUCUGAAGGGUACACUCUGACUGGGGUAACCGAUUUCAGGUGUCACAAUGAAGAAUGGAACCCGGAUGUGGGAGAAUGUUUAGCAAAUUGCCCCUCGCCAGACAUUGCGAAUUCGGACUUUGCAACAAACCAAUCGGAAACAGACCACGGCGACUUCAUCAUCGUGACGGUGACCUGUGACGACGGUUUCACUUCCGGAACAGGGGAUAAUGUAUCAGAACCUCUGACCUGCGGAAACGGUAGUUGGGACGUGGAUGUAUACUGUUAUUCGAAUUGUCCAUUGAUCUCAGCCCCUGACGAUGGCUACGCCAACAGCCUCGUCGAGCCGUUCUAUCAUGGCCGCAUCGUCGCUUUCAACUGCAGCCUCGGGUUCACAUUGGUCGGGGAUUCGAGUUCGACGUGCGACGACGGAAACUGGUUGAAUGCCGUUCCUGAAUGCAUAGGUUUGGAGUCGUCGCCUUUCUUCUAA